AGUUGGCACUUUCUCUCCUCUCUCUCUCUCUUUCCUCACCGGAGAAAGAGCAAUGCCUCUAGACGGUGGCGUUUCUUGUCUACGCAGGUCAGAGAUGAUCGGAAUAGGAAUCGGUGAACUCGAAUCUCCCCCGCUGGAUUCUGACCAAGUUCACGUUCUCGCCGUUGACGACAGCCUCGUCGAUCGGAUCGUCAUCGAAAGAUUGCUUCGUAUUACUUCUUGCAAAGUCACGGCGGUUGAUAGUGGAUGGCGUGCUCUGGAAUUCUUAGGACUAGGCGACGAUAAAGCCUCUGUCGAAUUCGAUAGAUUGAAGGUUGAUUUGAUCAUCACUGAUUACUGUAUGCCUGGAAUGACUGGAUACGAGCUUCUCAAGAAGAUUAAGGAGUCGACUAGUUUCCGAGAAGUUCCGGUUGUGAUUAUGUCGUCAGAGAACGUUCUCACUAGAAUCGACAGAUGCCUUGAGGAAGGUGCUGAGGAUUUCUUGUUGAAACCUGUGAAACUCGCCGACGUGAAACGCCUGAGGAGUUACUUAACGAGAGACGUUAAAGUCUCCGACGGAAACAAACCGAACGUUCCUGAAGAUCUUUUCUCUUCUUUCGCAAUGCUUACUCCUUCUCCUCCUCCGCCGCCGCCGCCGCCCAUUACCUCGGUGGAAUCCGUCUCCUCUGCGCCUCUUUCGCCGGAGUCAUCGAUUUCGCCGGUAGAUUCGCCGAUAAGGAGUCCCGGAUUAGACUAGAGAGAGAUCCGUGUGAUGACUAUAUAUCUCCGUUAACUUUUCUACUUUUGACGGGUUUAUUGACUGCACGUUGACUUUCACGCCGUCAGUUUAUAGAUCUCUCUCUCUCUUUUAAAUAUUGAUCGAUCGACGUGGGGCCUCUCUACUCUUUUGUACGAAAACUUUUUGAUUUUCUUGUAUUUAAUUACAUAUAUAUAUAUAUUUCGUUAAUCAAAUAAAAGUUCAAUUA